ACGUAGAUACACACACGUACAGACGACCGUGACCGUACGCGAAAACAUUUCACGUGCGUCUGUCUGUGUUUUUAUUAUAUAUUUCUUAUUAAAUUAAGUAAAAAAAUGACUCAAACAUCUAGACUGGAGAUUAAUAUCAAACGUCUUCUAACGCGAUGCGAGCUAAUAGCGAAAGAUGAUCCUCACAAAGACUGGAAACUCGAGAAGUACAUACUUGCACUGGACGACAUGAUAAAAGAGCUGCAAAACCUACCAAACAAACCAUCUACCGAUACAAUAACGGACUACACCAAGCGAAUAGAUUUCCUAAAGGGAGUAAUAAAUGCAAUGAAAUUGUCGAAUCCGGUGGAGAGAGUAGUUGCCGCACAAUUGUUACCAAAAAGUUCAGCUAUAGUGAAUGACUCUACAAACAUCACAACGCAAAUCCAUCAAAAGACCGUUGCCAAAUACAAUCAGGAACUGCGUUCAGAAUUAUUUCACACUAACAAGAGUUCAAAUAAAAAUGGUAUACGCCAGAGAUUGUCCACUUCCAACACCCAGGAUGAAGAUCUGGAUGCCAUUCUGAAGUACAAUCGUAAUCUUCAGGAAAAGAUCGCUGAGAACAUGCUCUCCAUGACCAGUAGCAUAAAGGAACACGCCUUGGUGGCAAAUGCUGUCAUAAAAAAGGACAUCAUCAUGCUGGAAAAGUCCGACAAACUGACCGACGUUAAUGCUGUCAAAUUGAAAAAGGAAUCCUUGAAGCUGGAAGAACAUGCCAAUUCAAAAUGGAGAUGUUGGGUGUGGCUUAUAAUAGCUUUUGUCCUAAUUGUAUUUUUAAGUAAGGUAAAAGUGGUCAGAGCGUUAUGCAAGUAUACUGCGCAACGUGCGGACGAACUGUCAUUCGAUGAAGGUGAUCUGCUGUAUGUUUACGACAAAGAUGAGGAUUCAGAAUGGUGGAGAGCUAAGUGCGGAGAUCAGAAAGGACUCAUACCUGUCACUUAUGUUGAGGAACAAACUCAAGAGAUUGAGUUGCCACUGCAUGACGCCGCAAGACGCGGUAAUCUGCAUUUCCUGAAAGAAUAUUUGAAACAAGGCAUAUCGGGGACCGGUUUAGAUGCGGCUGGAAACACACCGUUGUAUUGGGCGGCGCGCACCGGUCACUUGGAAUGCGCAAGAGAACUUUUGAAUUUAUCCAAUUCCGCAGUAAACGCUCAAAAUAAAAUGGGCGACACGCCGUUGCACGCGGCGGCAAGUCACGGGCAUUUGGAGAUGGUAAAUUUACUGCUGGAGCACAAUGCCGACUCAACAUUGAAGAACAAGGACGGUUUCACCGCUGAGGAACUGUCCGUCGACGCGUCCGUCAAAAAUGCGAUACAGUUGCGACAACGUCAAGGCGAAGGCACGUUCGGGUCGUACGACGACGACGAUUACAAUGAUGACAGCGAUUAGAAAUCAUUUCGCGUGUCUGCGAUAAGAUAACGCAUACAUUCUACAUAUUAUAAACGAUCUCAAACGCCAUUCGACAAUUUAUAGUUAAGAAUUAUU